ACCUAUCAUCUGAUGUGGACCAAUUAAACUUGUGCAAUGUUGCUGUAUUUGCCAUUGCAAUUUGCAACCAUGAUGAGUGUUGAGAUAAACAUCAAUUGGGAUUGUUUCCACCCUUAUUCUUAUUGUUUUUGUUUUAUUUGUCACAUUGGAUUUUAUAGUGAAACCAUUUUUGUUUUUAUCCUGAACAAAUGCACAAUUAAAUCGCGCUCAAUCAAAUUCAAAAAGAUUGUUAAAAUUGGUCAUCUGCCAUUUGUGUAUAUAUAUUUUUUUGGCCUGUUGACCUGGCUAACAAUCCAAACUGGGUUUAGACGUGUUGAAAAAAGGUGCUGCUAUGGUUGACCUCAGCCGAUGGGACCGUUGGAAGGUUAAACUUAAACUUGGUAAUUCUCGUCGUAACAAGACCAAAUUGGUUGACAUUUCCCCAUCCUCGGAUCACCGUUCAACGGAUCAAUCAAGUUCAACAAGUUCCUCCGAUGAAAAUGAAGUUGAAAACAUGUCUGUCGAUGGUAGUUGGCCAAGUGAGAUGAUGUUAGCCUCGCCAUCAAGUAAAAUCAGCAAAAAUAGCGCUCGCAGUAACCACAGCAAUAGCAACAGCAACAAAUACACCAGCAACAGCAACAGCCUUAACUCAUCGACUGGAUUGAUGGCCAACAAUGGUAACAAUGGGGUUGAUAAAUCAUUGGACUUGGGACCAAGUGAGAUGAAACACGCUAAACCGUCAGACUUUGAAUUUCUCAAGGUAAUUGGCCAUGGAUCAUUUGGUAAAGUGUUGAUUGCCCGUCACAAAGCCGAGGAGAAAAUUUAUGCGGUCAAAGUCUUACAGAAAAAGGUUAUACUCAAAAAAAAUGAACGCAACAAUGUGAUGUGUGAACGAAAUGUGCUACUCAAAAAUUUGAACCAUCCAUUCCUGGUAGGCCUACAUUAUUCUUUUCAAUCGCGAGAUAAACUUUACUUUGUACUGGACUAUGUUAACGGAGGUGAACUCUUUUUCCACCUACAACGGGACAAAUAUUUUUCCGAACCUCGAGCUCGCUUCUAUGCAGCCGAGAUUACAUCUGCUUUGGGUUACCUUCACAGCCAAGGUAUUGUUUACCGUGACCUUAAACCAGAAAACAUAUUACUCGACUCAGAAGGUCAUGUUGUCCUAACUGACUUUGGACUAUGUAAAGAUGGACUCCGUGAUCGUGAUACAACCUCAACCUUUUGUGGUACACCUGAAUACCUUGCACCCGAAGUGUUGCGAAAAGAAGCCUACGAUAGACGGGUUGAUUGGUGGUGUUUAGGAGCUGUACUUUAUGAGAUGCUCUAUGGAUUGCCUCCAUUUUACAGUCGGGACACAGUUGAAAUGUAUGAUAAUAUUUUAAAUAAGCCGGUUCGUCUGCGGACUAAUAUUUCAUUAGCUGCGCGCAGUAUACUUGAAGGGCUUCUUCAAAAGGAUAAACGUAAGCGUCUUGGAUCUAAAAAUGAUGCAGAUGAGAUUAAACGACAUGAUUUUUUCAAGCCAAUUGUAUGGACCGAGUUGGAAUCCAAACAAAUAAUACCUCCAUUUAAUCCCAAUGUGAAAGGUUAUAUGGACUUGAGAAAUAUUGAUCCUGAUUUUACCAAGGAACCAGUUCCUCAGUCGGUUUGUAAAUCUGUUAAUAUGUCUGGUGCCAACAGCAUACCUGAUAAUGCAUUCCCUGGAUUUUCUUAUGCUGAAACCACUUACUGAUCUUUUGAUACAUUCAAUCGCUCAUCAACUUCAUCAUCAUCCUGAAUCCAUCAAACCAUCAUUCACCAUCAACAACAAAAAUACUAAUUCUUCAUCACCAAGCAAAAAGUGUCAAACAACAUGAUUCAAAGUUGCUUCCAAAUUUUUUUCUGGCUCAAUGUUUAACUAUCAUUCUAUUUUUUUUAAAAAAAUGCUAUUUUACUGAUCAACUGCUCAUCCACACAAUUAACCAUUCUUAAUUUACUUAUCAAAAAUCAAUAAUUUUUAAUCAGUCACCAAAAAUAUGAGCCAGAAAAAAAAGAUUUGCUUACAUUUGAUUAUGUUUUCAUUUCUUAGUCUUCCUAACCCGAUUGUUUAACUCAUUUUAAUCUUUCAAUUUAUUGUUUAUUGUUAUUAUCUAUAUCUAUACAUAAAUAAUAUUUAAUUAUACAGAUGAA